AUGUCUCUGAGCACGCUUACAAACGAGCUACUUCUGCAGGUGGAAUCCUAUAUUGAAACGCAAACCGACCUCGCAGCCUUACUUCAAGGUCGUCGAGUCUAUAAAUUACUGGUGCCGUGUCUAUACCGGCGUGAUGCAACCGCCGCCUUGCUGUACGGGGUUCAGAACGACCUCUAUUCCACCGCCUGCAAGGCGCUUCAGGCCGGGGCCGACCGCAAUGUCAGGUCUCGCGAUAAAAGACGACCGAUGAUUAGUCUCGCAGCUGAAAAUGGAUCUCUGGAAAUGGCCCGGCUUCUGCUGGGGGCGUCAUCUCCGUCACCGUCACCGUCCCCGCCACCGCCGCCGGUCGACCUUAAUAUGAUUGACAAGAACCGAUACACAGCCCUGUUGCUCGCGGCAGCCGUGGGACAUGCUGCAAUGAUCGAGCUUCUUCUGGCGCACAGGGCCGACCCCAAUAAGCGAGAGAAGGCGGAUCGCACUGCACUGUUCAUGGCGGCCAUCCGCGGCCACACGGCCGCCGUCCGCACUCUCCUCGCCUACCACGACGACCCCCAGCAACCGGAACUAGAGCUGGAUGUUAUCAUCAAACAUGGCGGGGAGACCGCGCUCCUAGCCGCCGUCGGCAGGACCACGCUGAGAUCCGGCCCCCAGCCCGUGCUGCACAGUGCAGUGCUUCACCGACAGCCCGAGCUCCUCCAACUGGUGGUCAAUCGCGACGAGAUUGACCUGAAUCGAAUCUAUCAAGACGAGACCGCCCUCGGCCUGGCGGUAGAGAGGAACGACGACGACCUAGCGGCUAUCCUGUUGGCGGAUCCGCGUGUACAUCCUGAUCUUACCUUGAAUGGUGGCGGCGAGACCCCGCUGAUGCGGGCAAUUCUGAAGAACAAUGAAAGAAUGACCCAGCUCCUGCGCGAUGCCGGCGCGAAUCCGCGGAUUAUGAAUCGGUGGUGGGUGUCGCCGGCGACGUUGCUGGAGGCUCCCUCGUGGGAGGCACGGCGGGAGUUGAUCGAAAAGUAUCUGGGCUCCGAAGUGCGCCUGGCGCCGGAUUGCACGCUGGGAUAGGCAUACUAGGUAUCUAUAGGUACCUUGGAGGGGACAUAUUUGCAGCGAAAGUCACAUGAUUCUGACAAUCGCCACCUGGAUCCAAGCUCAGUUACAUGUAUGUACUGUACAGCUGGUCUACCCGAAACUGCGGGGUGCGGCAGGGGCAGACCCGGAGAUGAAUGUCCUCUGAUGCAUGCCACCCUUUUCGGCUGUACCCGUGACGGAGUAACCUGUCCAGCGGAGCUGUGAGGCCUGCGGAGCACCGGAGAAAUGGCAUGUGAAAGUGCAUGGUCUCACGCGAGCAGUCCCGCCUCUCAGCCGCAUGCUUCUCAAUCAAUAGAAUGACUCAUAUCCGCC